AUGUCGUCACUAUCACCAGAGGACCUCGACAAGAUCGUCGCCAUCGAGAGAGGGUGCUCGGCCAUCUCGCUGAUAGGAUGCCUCGUCGUCCUGCUCACAUUCACCUUCUGCAGCUCCUUCAGGCAAAGAGCCAUCAAUCGCAUGGUCUUCUAUGCGACGUUUGGCAACAUGUUGACGAAUGUUGCCACGUUGAUGACAAGAAGCUUUACCACAAGAGUAGACUCCUUUGGGUGCCAGUUGCAAGCAUUCCUGAUUCAGGUGUUCAUGCAAGGUGAUGCCUACUGGGCAAUGUGCAUGGCCAUCAACGUCUAUCUUACCUUCUACCAUAAGUACGAUGGCAGGAUGCUGAGGAGGAUGGAGCCCAUCUACUGGGCCGGAUGCCUGGGGGUUCCUCUCAUCCCCGGACUUGCCUUCAUUUGGGUUUCGACCAAGAGUCAGGGCCGGGUUUACGGAAACGCCCUUCUGUGGUGCUGGAUCAAGACUGAGUGGGAUGUCUGGCGAAUUGCUUCGUUUUACGGACCCGUUUGGGUCUCUAUCAUCAUCACCAUCACGAUUUACAUCCGUGCAGGACGUGAGAUCUACAAGAAGCGUCAACGCAUGCUGAACUUCAGUUCCAGUGCAGGCGGCACGGUUGUUGGCGCCGAUUCGUUCUUCCCCUACAACGAGUUCUCUCCAGCAAUCAACUUUAAAACCACCGAAGUCGUCCAGACCACCGAGAUCAUCCAACCUCCCCCGGCAGCUGCUAUCGGAGGGACAUCCGGCAUCCCCAACGCUCCCGGCCCGCAUAAGCAGGACCCGAACGUUUCCUACACCGUUACCAUUUCGGCAGACCCCGCGAACCGGCAGUCCGAUGAUGACAUCGACUCCAUCGAGACCCUCGCUCCGGUUACUAGCAAUCCCCAUGGUCUGACCCAGGUUGCUAGCAAUUCAGCAGGUAACGUUAUGGCCAAGGUCGCCUCCACCGCGACGCAAAUCACCAUCCUCCCUGGCAACGUAAACCCCAACACCCAAGCUGCCAUGCAAGCCGCGCGCCGUCGAAACCAGUACGAGACGCACAACGCCACCUGGUCCUACUGCAAGUGCGCGAUGCUCUUCUUCCUGGUCCUGCUCAUUACUUGGGUGCCCUCGUCUGCCAACCGCGUGUACAGCCUGGUUUACAACGGCGCAGUGUCUCGUGAGCUUUACUACGCUUCCGCGUUUGUCUUGCCGCUGCAGGGUUUCUGGAACGGGAUCAUCUACAUCGUUACGUCCUGGUCCGCGUUCAAGGUCCUGUGCUAUCAAAUUAUGAGCACCGUGCAGUCGUUGUGGCCGUGGCAGGGGGGCAUGUCUUGCUUUGGUCAGAGAAGGGUCAGCAUCGUUGAGAUCACUGAUAUCCAUGGGCAUGGAGGCAAGGCCAAACAAAUGAGUUAUGGAAGGACCGGCAGAGCUGGUGCUUCUGGUAGCCAGGGAGCUAAUCAGGUGGGGGUCAUGUGGGGAAAUACGGGAAAAAAUAAUAGUGGGACGAGUAGCAUGGAAGAUUUGACUAACACGAGGGAGAGGCUACCGCCUGUGUAG